AAGUAUGUCGUCUGAUACCUACUAAGUCUGUGGCGUGGCUUUUCCACUUUUUUUUAUGGUAAAAUAUACUUUUUAUUUUACUUUUAAAUAUAUAUGUCUACGUUUCAGUAACAGACUUAUAGUUGACGUGAAAUUAUGGGAAUGCAUAAGUUAUAAGUUAAAUGUUAAUUAGAUUUAAUUUUUAUGAUACUGCCAUGUCGAACACAAUUGUUCAAUAUGUUUUACUUCGAAGUGAUUUGAUGAAAGAACUCGGAUGGUCCGUAGGAGCUUUAGUUGCACAGGCAUGUCACGCAUCAACAGCCGUUUUACAUCUCUACAAAGAUGACGAACAUACGUUACAGUAUCUUGAUGAUCUUAACAACAUGCAUAAAGUAGUAUUGGAAGUUCCAAGUGAGGAGGCACUGAAAAAACUUGAAACAAAGUUACAAGAGAAUUCAAUAGCACAUAAGCUUUGGAUUGAACAACCGGAGAACAUACCAACUUGUUUGGCUCUCAAACCUUAUCCCAAGGAUGAAGUCAAAAAAUUUGUAGGAAAAUUUAAAUUGUAUAAAGCUACGUUGUGUUAGUAAAAUUUGAAAUUUAAUUCUUUUUG